CCACGUUGAUCUAUAUAAAUAUAAAGUGCGAUGCUUUUUUGGCAUGCAAGCUCGCAGAACUUCUCUGUUUUUCGCGAAAGCCACUUUUCAGAACAUUUAAAUUUUCAACACUUGCAAUUAAAAAAUUAUAUAAAAUUUGGUUUUUGCUGUUUAAAAGCCGAUGUAGCUUGUAAGCCCGAUUUUGCAAAUUGUGAAAAUGGUAUUUGAAAUAUUACAUCAAUUGAGUAAAAAUAAAAUGUCACGAAAUUGCUGUUCGAUAAUUUUUUUCUUUUUUCGUAAUAGAUUUUUGUAGGGAUAAUUCUGUGAAGAAUCAAUUUUUUAAAUUAAAAUAUGAUAAUAAAGUUUGUGUUUAACAAGUGCUACAGCAUAGUUGCCAUUGGCAACUCGAGAAACAAAAAAAAGUUCAGUUUCUAAAUAAUUCAUUAGGUAGAUAUACUCAAGUAUGACAGGGCGAUAUGUUUAAAAAUAUCUUUAUUCACUAAAGAUAAUAUCCUAUACUGUGUAAAAGUUAAAAAUCAGAAAGUGCAAUUAUCUCCACUAAUCAAUAAAAAUACGCGUCAAUAAAAAAAAAAAAUAAAUAAAUAAAAGUAUUAUUAUAAUAAAAAUUAUACUUGGGUUAAUUAGUAAGAAAAUAGCAGCCCCAAGUCAAACUUGAAGCUGUACAGCUUGUUUGUGGUGUUGAAAAGCUGUCACAGGAGCAUGGCCAUGCAGACCGUGAAGCUGUCAUCUGGGCAGAACAUGCCCGUUGUUGGAUUGGGGACAUGGCAGGCACAACCUGAAGAAACAGAGGCAAUAAUAAAAAUUGCAUUAGACAGUGGCUAUAGGCAUUUUGAUACUGCAUUCAAUUACAACAAUGAGGAAAGUAUAGGAAAAUCGAUAAAAAAGUGGCUUAGCGAAGGAGGAAAGCGUGAAGACCUUUUUAUAACGACAAAGCUCCCAAAUUUUGGCAACCGACCAUCGGAUGUUGAAAAAUUCUUGAAUUUGUCCUUACAAAGGCUGGGACUGAACUAUGUUGAUUUGUAUCUGAUCCACAUGCCCUUCUCAUUUAUUCAAGAUAAAAAUUCUUUUACACCAGCAAUCAAUGAAGACGGGUCUUUCAUGCUUGAUCUAGAGUCUCAACCAGUGGCAGUUUGGAAGGAAAUGGAGAAGCAAGUAAAAGCUGGAAGAGCAAAGUCCAUUGGACUGAGUAAUUUUAACAUAUCUCAAAUCCAAAAUAUUUUGAAUAAUUCAGAAAUCAAGCCUAGCAACGUGCAGGUUGAACUUCAUGCUUUCAUGCAACAGAAGCCGCUCAGAGACUUCUGCAAGCUAAACAAUAUUUCAGUAACGGCCUACAGUCCUAUUGGAUCACCAGGAACUAAGGCACACUUCCAGGCAAAAUACAACUACAGUGUUGAAACGUUCCCAGAUUUAUUGGGACAUCCAGUUCUCAAUCAGAUAGCUAGUGCACGCAAUAAAACACCAGCUCAGGUGCUCCUACGACAUGCAGUUCAAGGAGGAGUCAUCGUCAUACCAAAGAGUACUAAUCCAGAAAGAAUAAAGUCUAACAUUCAGAUAUUUGAUUUUAAAUUGACAGACGAAGAAAUGGAUAAACUGAAUGCCUUAGAUCAAGAUAAAAACAUGAGGAUUUUCGAUUUUUUAUUUUUCAAAGGGGUAGAAAAUCAUCCGAAUUAUCCUUUCAAAGAUGAAUUACACUGAAAUGCGAGGACAUGAAAAUAUACUUAUGAUUAAAAAAGAAUGUUAAUUUAUUUUGUAAAAUAAUGUAUUGUGUACGAUGAUUUAAAAAAAUGUUGCUUUUUCCUAAGAAAAGUUGUUAUGUUUUCUGUUCCAUCAAUCAUUAUUUAAAUUUCUUCACACACAUAUAUUUUGAUGACUCAUGAAAAUGUAACGAAAAAUAAACAAAAAUGUUUCAUAAAAUACGCCAAAAAAUGUUUGCCCGACAUUUAGCAGAUUUUUUGAAUACAUAUUCAUCAUCGC